GCCAUUUUGCACAGUCCCUCUUCCACCCAGAAAGUAGGUUGCCGUGGGAAGACGUAAUCAGAGAAAACUACUAACUCAUAAAUCCCACUAUACACCCAUUCCCCUGUGUGAGCAUACUAUACCUACUUAAUUCCCACCGUUUGACAAAGGGGGCAUCGAGGGUUUACGGGAGCAACGUUUCAGAAAAGCAAGGCCACAGAGAGGUGUUUGACAAAGACACUGGAUGGAUAGCAUCGACGCCGAAACCCUCUACCUGACCACAGCGCAGCACGGGCAACCUCAAUGCGAGCUUUCCCUUCCUGCUGUGGAAGUACCUGCCCUUGGCGGAACAAAGAAGAUGAACGGGUCUCUGGACCACCCAGACCAGCCUGACAUUGACACUAUCAAGAUGUUUGUGGGUCAGGUCCCUCGGACGUGGUCAGAGGAUCAGCUGCGUGAGCUGUUUGAGCCCUAUGGUGCAGUAUAUGAAAUCAAUGUUCUUCGAGACAGAAGUCAAAACCCCCCACAGAGUAAAGGUUGUUGUUUUGUCACAUAUUACACCCGUAAAUCUGCGUUAGAAGCACAAAACGCCCUUCACAACAUGAAGAUUCUUCCAGGGAUGCAUCAUCCCAUUCAGAUGAAGCCUGCAGACAGUGAGAAAAACAAUGCUAUAGAAGACAGAAAGCUGUUUAUUGGAAUGAUUUCAAAGAAAUGCAACGAGAAUGACAUCAGGCUCAUGUUUUCUCCUUAUGGUCAAAUUGAGGAGUGCCGCAUACUCAGAGGUCCUGAUGGACUGAGUCGUGGCUGUGCCUUCAUCACCUUCACAGCGAGACAAAUGGCCCAGUCUGCCAUCAAAUCCAUGCACCAGGCACAGACCAUGGAGGGUUGUUCUUCUCCGAUUGUUGUGAAGUUUGCAGACACACAGAAGGAUAAAGAACAGAAGCGCAUAGCUCAGCAGCUGCAGCAACAGAUGCAACAGCUCAACGCUGCCUCCAUGUGGGGAAACCUCACAGGACUGAACUCACUUGGUCCGCAGUACCUUGCACUUUAUUUGCAGCUUCUACAACAGUCGACGUCCUCUGGAAAUGCGCUCAACAAUCUCCAUCCAAUGUCAGGUUUGAAUGCCAUGCAGAAUCUAGCUGCAUUAGCAGCAGCAGCGAGCGCUACGCAGGCAACGCCCACAGGUAGCAGCGCUCUGACCACCUCCAGCUCUCCUCUAAGCGUCCUCACCAGCUCAGGUACGCCCUCUGGACAGCCUGCUCAAUCUGCCUGGGAUGCCUACAAGGCAGGUUCCUCUCCCACCUCCAGUACUAGCUCUUCUGUAAACCCUAUGGCGUCUUUAGGUGCUCUUCAGUCUUUUGCUGCAGGUGCUGGAGCAGGUCUCAAUAUGAGCUCACUAGCAAGUAUGGCCGCUCUGAAUGGUGGUCUGGGCAGUGGAGGUCUCUCUAAUGGCUCUGGCAAUACUAUGGAGGCUCUGACUCAGGCAGCUUAUUCUGGGAUCCAGCAGUACGCAGCUGCUGCUCUGCCCAGCCUCUACAGCCAGAGUUUAUUGUCCCAGCAGAACGUCAGUGCAGCCGGCAGCCAGAAGGAAGCAAGUCACAAUCAGAACGCGGGCCCAGAAGGAGCAAAUUUGUUCAUCUACCACCUGCCACAAGAGUUUGGUGAUCAAGAUCUGUUACAGAUGUUUAUGCCUUUCGGCAAUGUAAUCUCAGCCAAGGUCUUCAUUGACAAACAGACCAACCUUAGCAAGUGUUUUGGCUUUGUAAGUUACGACAAUCCAGUUUCAUCCCAAGCGGCCAUUCAGUCAAUGAACGGUUUUCAGAUCGGAAUGAAGCGGCUGAAGGUGCAACUUAAACGAUCCAAAAAUGACAGCAAGCCAUACUGAGUGCUUUUACUCUCAAAUGGACUUGGUUUGAAAAUGUUUUUCUGGUAAGUGGAGUGUGAUGUUGGAAAGUUAGAAUGACCCCCUUAACCCCCCACCCUCCCCCUCCUAAUGCUUCUUCUACUUCUGGCCUUUCCUACAUAUUUUCUCUUUAAACCUUCGAAAGAAAGACAACAUGCAAAUUGUUAACAUUUUUAGAAAUUUGUUUUCUGAGGGGAAAAAGUGGGUUCUUUUUUACAUUUUAAAUGGAUUGUUUUUUUGUUUUGUUUUUUUCUGGUGCCAUAUUACAAGUUUGCUGUGUAUAAAUCUUGCGUCAAAGGAUGUUGCACAAUGAAAGUCAGCCUGUGUGACUGCUUUCAGUCCCUUAGACUGUUGAUCACCACGGUCAGACCCCUGUAGAUGUUCUCCUGUGUUUACACUAGACUUUUUGUAGUACAUUUGGACCGUGUAAUGCUGAUGCCUCCUUCGAAGCUGCCUUUCUAGAACAUGAAGGAGGUUUGCUGCAUCGGUGCAAAAGAUAAUCAGUCACCUGAAUAUUGUUUGGAGCAUCUUGAAGGUCAGACCGCUCUCCACUCGACUCAGUUUUCAUGGAUGCCUUUUUAUUUAAAUCGUUUAUUUAUUUCACUAAUUUAUUUAUUUAUUUUUAACGUAUCUGUGACUUCACAAUGGUGGUGUUGUAACAUUUGCUUCAAAGCCUGUUUUUGAUGUAUUCUAGUAGAGGGCUCAGACGCAACAAUGAUGCUGUUUGUUUGUUUGUUUGAUGGUUUUCAUAAUUCACAUUCUAUAAGGAAGAGCAAGCACUACAGUGUAUUAUACGUUUAUAUGGAGAACAGUGGUUAAUCAGCCAGUAUUGGUAGUUUGCUGGAAAUCCUACACUUACUCUCAGGACAUUCUCACCUUUUUGUCAGACCAAAACUUUUUUGUUCACUCUUGCCCUUCAUUCUACCCUUUUAAACUCGCCUGGUAAAUAAAGAUGCCUGAUUUUUAAAUAUUAAUGAAAUAACUGAUGGGGUGCAUUUAAAUCUGAAGCCUCCAAACUUAUUCAAAACAUUUUUUGGAAAUGCAUUUUUGUUGAAUCGCAUAGUAGCACAUAGGGUUUUUUUUUUUUUCAAACACACAAGCAAUGUCAAUUUAUUUAAUUUUUGUGGUCAUCUAAUAUGAUCCUACUCCUUAAUUCAAGAAUUCAAGUGUGUGGCGUUGAAGCUUUUAGCAAUAUUUUCAUCUCGGAAAAAAAUGGGAGAAUUGAUGAAUUUUGAAAAGAUGUAGCCAAGAACAGAAGGAAGCAGGUUCACUAAUACUUAAUUCAUUGCCACUUGCUUGUCAGAAUACUCUGAACAAGAAUAAUUUCUUAAUUUCGUGGAAAGUAUUUUCUCAGCGUUGCAGGUACAAUUAUCCUCAUGGCUGCUGGAACAAAUCCUGCAAUCCUGUGGCACUUAGUAAAAAGAGUUAAGGCAGUAUCAUCGUAAUCAAAUGUUAAUGUCAAUCUGACUCCUGCAGGGUCGUAUGGUGAAGACGGUUUUUAUGGAUGUGGAGGAGAAAACGUUAUCCAGAUAGUGUAUAUUACUUAACUAUUAUGCCUUUUCUAUUUUUAUAGAGGUUUUAUAAUAUUGCCUAAAUAAUUUCUCUGAAUUUAAACAAAUCACUCAAAAGAUUCAACGGUGUUUUUGUAGAAUCCAAAUGUGAAGUUUUGUGAAUCCAUUUCACUGAUCGUUUAAACAACUGAUGUGUGGCCCUUUUCACUAGAUGUAGUUUAUUGUCUGUUUAGUCUAAAUUGUAUGAUGACUGUCCAGGUGUACAGUAGCUGGGAUGUUUUUAAAGGUCUUAUGCAGGUCCACGGUUCAGUCUAAAGUAUUACACAGUUUAGUAUCGUAAGUCACAUGUUUAGUUUCUUUACGACACAAGUCACAAUGUGUGAAAAUUGUAUUAUACAAAUUCUCUUUGACAUUUACCUCACUAUUGUUUUCACUGCUUGUAUUGAGAAUGGUGCUUUUAAUUUUUUAAAGCCACUUCGUGUUACACUAUUUUUGUUUUGUCAAAGUACGGAUGCCUCAUAAAACAGAUUUGAUUUUAAAUAAUAACUUUUCACUAAAAAUUAAAAGGGCAACAUACAUACCUUUUUUGUAAAUUUUACAGUUUGUUUCAUUCAUUUCAGAAGCUUUAGACUGAACCCAGUUGUUAAGUUAUAUGUCGAAAUGUUUAGAUGGUAGUCCAGGGAAUGACCCAUCCCUGAUCUGUGCCUCUGUUCAAAUUCCUGAUAUAAUUGCAUUAAAAAAAUUAGGUAGAUCUAAAAUGAGAAACCCUUGGAUGUGUCCAAGCGUACCACUAGUCAUGAUUUUUAAAAGUCCAAAGAUUCUUGUGAACUUGUUUUAGGCAGAGAUUUUGUUUGUUUGCAGUAUCUUAUCAUGGUUUAUUUUAUCCAGAGCAGAAUGACUGGCGUUUGUGUAAAGGUCUGCUCAGUUGUGCGCCUUGAAAAGGCUCACAAUGUGCCAAACACGUUGAGUCUUAAAUUACUGUAUACAUUGUAAUUAUACUCUGUUCCAUCAUGUUUAUCCAGUUAUUGUCCUUCACGGAGUUAAAUGUAUCGAAAUUGUAUCCGUUUGUGUUACCCAUGCCAGGUGUUUGUGUAAAAAUAACCAGUAUGAACUGCUCCAAAUAUGCAUUACUACAUAGUCCCACACAAUUCAAGUUGAAGCACAAAAUAAAAUGACAUUCAUUCAAAGAGCUGAAAUACUGAAGCACAAUUUUUUCCCUGUUUCUUGUUCUUUCCCUUGGUCUGAAAUUAAAAAGAAAAAUGUGAUGGUGAGACUUUUUUUAACAUUUUAAAAAGGCAUUUAUAGGUGUUCAAUCUAAAUCCAAAUGUUGCUGAAGAUUUUGUUUUAAAGUUUUUUUUUUUUUUUUACACAUCAGUAUUCAGUUGAUCUAGCUGUAUUAGGCAGGCUGUGUUGUCCUCCUGGUGGUGUUUAAUGUUAUUCCCAUUCAUUCACUAUUAGCAUGGUGCUUCCUUUUCCCUCCUUCCCACUUCAUUGUUUCCUGUGUUGCAUUCAAUGUUUUGUGUUUAGAGAUGUGUACCUUUUUGAAAUCCCUUCCCCAUGCAAAAAUAAUCAUUCAUAAUUUUCUUUUUCAUCCCUCUCCUUUUUCUGUUGUGCUUUAACCUAGGUUUGUUAUUCGUUUUUUGUUUUAUUCUAGAUAUCUUCGUGCCCGUUUGUCAUCGUUUGCCUAGCAUGUCGAUGUGACGUCAAAAGUUCAUCGUCCAGUCCGUUGUCCUCUUCGCUUCUCUGACGCUUGAAAUUUCACACUUGACCCUUUUUUGUUAACUUUUGACGCUGUUGAUUACUUAUUUUGUUUGUUUGUUCCUUUGUGUGAUGUUCAUUUCUGUCAUUUGUGCUGCCAAUAGGGAGCGCUAGAAAGACUGCUAACGUGUAAAAAGUUUCCUGAAAAUUAUUCUGCGCAAAAAGAGUCUAUUUUUCUAGAACGUUAAAAACAUAACCACUAGAUUUUUUUAAUUUUCGAUUGUUGAAUUUCUGUUGUUUCUCUUUAUCAAAUUUUUAUUGUUUUAGAGCAGUCUUCCUAGCGCUUCAAAUUGUACUCCUUUUUGAAGUUUUUGUUUCUUCUCAAAGCAGCCAUUCAGUUUAUAUUCACUUUUUUGUGUGUUCAAGUGUGGGUGUGUUUCCCUCUUUCUUUCACUUAUAGUUCUAAAACUUUUAGAGGAUGUUUUCGUCACAUUUUGCUGAAAUUGAGGAUAAACUUUGUAGUUUUGUGUUAGGUUAGUUGGCAUGAUGUAAUUUUGGGAGAUUCUAAUAACAGAGUGACAUUACAAUAGACACUUGAAUUGCCUUUUUUUCUUUGUGUGUCGAGCCAAUACGGGCACAUGUUUUUAUUUCCUUAUUGUGUGAAAAUCAGGAUUAGUCUGAAAUAAAAAUGCAUAGAAUGAGCAGAUUUGAAUUUCUUGUCACAGGUAAAUAUUAAGCAUGCAUGUUUUUGUUUUGUAAGUGCACUGAAAUCCUCAGCAAAAUGUGAUUUAGUUCUGUUUCAAAGUCGAAGAUGAAUAAAGUGGUGCCAAAAGUUUUGCAUGUUGCUGUUGGUCACAUUUUCAGUAUAUGUUUCACAUUAUGCUACUGCAAAUAAGUUUAAGAAAAGCUAAUUACAUUGUGUUUUUUGGUAUAAAGUGGGAUUUUUAACAUUUUUAAGUGGUCACUGAUGAAAUAUAACUUAUUGUGCCUACAUCAGUAAAAUCAUCAUCAUUUUUUUAAAAAUGUAUUCAGUUAAUGAUCUGUUACAACCAUACAGUACAUCUGUUUUACUUUUUUUAAUCUUUUAUCAUUUUGACAUGUGUAUUUGUUGUGAUUAAAGUUGUGAACUGCUUAGCAGAGCUGAACUGCCGUUUCGGGGACAGCCCUCUAAAUAUCCAUGUUCCCGUUAAUGAAGAGCCACAUUAGCGAUUCUUUACCCCCUUCCUUUUUCAUGCAGACAGACUAAUUGAGGUGGUGAUGUUUUCUUUGUAGAUUUAUAAGCUGCUGUUUUGUGAGUUUAAAUUUCCUGUGGGUGUUUGUCAUUAUUGGUACAGAGUGAUUGUAUUUAACGUUUAAGAUUUGUACAGAUUUUGCCUUUUCUACUUCAGAAUUUUUGUUUCACACAUGUAAAGCCCAUUUACGUAGAGCAUGUAGACCAUAACAUCAUGACCAAACAUCAACUGAAAAAUCAAUUUCACAAACAGCCUUUGAGUUAAGAGGUGAUUUCAAGUUUUUUGUCAUUUGUGUGGUUGGCAGUGUAGAGUGUUGAAUUUAUUAGAUGUCUGAACAAAGUGUGUUGUAUGGGUUUGGUUUUUUCCUCGCUACUGUUUAUACAGAAAUAUAGCACAGUGGACACUCAAAGCAGCCAUCUGCUAGUUUAACUUUAGUAUAUGUAUUAAAACUGUUUGAAAAGAUUCACA